UACGCUCCAGUAUAGUGAUAUACAUAAAAACGUAUAUAGACCUAAGAUUUUUACAAAGUACAGAAGGGUCAAGUGGUGUGGUAAUUUGCUCACACAUGUCGAAGUCCAGCAUCCACUUUAUUGUUCAGAAGUCACCUGCUAAUGAAGAACAAUUUCAAGAGAAGUUACAGGCUCUCAGUGAAAAGAGAAGUUUCUAUGCACCGUCUAUUGAGGAUGUACCACCAGUCCUACAAGAACUUCAACAAUAUGAGAUAAGGCAAUGUGUGGUUUCAUCGAAGCAUAUUGCUUUUCUUCUCGAGGAUGGAAGAGUCUGUCGGGUAAAAUAUUUUGCCCACGAUCCACAAGAAGAACCUGAAAUUGAAGCAACUACUACCACAGCUACAUCUGGUGCGAGUAAAUCAACAUCUACAAGUAAAACAGGAGAGAGACCACCGAAACUUCCCCGAACAGGUAGCACACCAUGGAUAAUAUCAGGCACUGAUUUAUCCAGUGGCCAUUCAUCUGCUCUACGAAGAUGGGGAACACAUAUUGGGGUGAUUCGUUCGAUCGCGUCUUCUUCUGCCACCACCAAUUCAUCAUCAGUAACAUCAGCGAGCACAACAACUGCUCGACAUCGAGCAAGAAACAGCGGCUCAGAUGCAGCGUCUUCUCUAAGCGCAAGCGGAGUGAGACUUGUAAGAACUUCUCAGCUGCGUGGCCGUGGAUUACAAAGCUCAUUACUGACUGGACAGAGAGUGAUUGUACCUGCUUCCCAUGUGCCUGAAGAGUUGGUGAACCAAGUACAGGGAAUACUACAAGGCAAGUCCAGGAGUAUUAUAACUAGAGAGCUCCAAAGAACAAACCUCGAUGUUAAUUUGGCUGUUAAUAACUUGCUGAGUCGUGAUGAUGAAGACAAUGAUGACAUGGAUGAUAAUGGUAGCGAUUAUAUACCAAGUGAAGAUCUCUUAUCAUUACUUGAUUCUGGAAUACAUCCCGGUGAACACGGAGUUUUCAUUGAUUCUGAUGCUAUUCUACCAGAUGAAUUACUUGGAUAUACUUUUCAACGGGCACCGAGAAUUUCUUGCCAACGAACUGGUGCAUCAGGUGGAGAUGGAGCGUCUGGUGGUGGUGGUGCCAGUGCGAGAGAUGUAUUGCAGGAUAGGGAUCCAAUAAUCAGACUCCGCGCACCACGAUUCUUGGGUUAUGAAUCUGACCAAGAUGAUUCUUCUCAAAAAUCGAAGUCUAAUUCUGGUUGGAAAAGGGUGAAAGUUUCAAAAGAAUGUGAAUCUGUAAAUCUGGCAGAACAAUUGGAAUGGUGGAUGGACGACGGAGAAUAUGUCAAAUUCAUUCAAAUCGGUUCGAUGCAGAGUGAACUUGCUGCGAUAGAUGAGACUGGAAAUCUUCGACAAUGGAGAUGGGGAAAAGAUAUUCCGUAUCGACACCCAACCAAUCAAAAAAUUUUUCAUCCUCGUACCCAGUUUCUAGGAAUUGAAGACAAAAAGGUUGUACAUUUAGCGGCGUGUACAUUGAGAGCCACUGUAUUGGUUGAAAAUGGGGGCGUGGCAACUUGGAUUGAUAAGACUGUUUCCAAACACGCCUCUGUUCUUGAACACCAUGUUACCAACUGUGUUCAUCCAGAUCUGGCAAUGGAGUUUGGCACCACCAAACAUGAUUUAACGAGAGACAGAUGUUUACAUAUAUGCUCUUUGUACAGUGCAUUGUUCACUUCGUCAGGUGAAGUAUACUGGUGGGGUGUCUUACCAUUUCAUCUCAGAAAACAUAUUCUAUCUCAUGCUCAAGCUAAGCUAAAGAAAACUUUGGCAUCUGGUAAAUCAAAAGAUUCAAAGAAAAACGAGGUUACUGUUGGUUCAAUGGUUUGUCUACAUAGUUGCCCAAUGUUUCAAGCUGGUGCUACUGCCAUCCAUGUUCGAGGUGGGAAACCUAAAGUAGGUUGUCUUCAACAAUCAGCAUGGAAUUUAACAGACAAAUGUACAUUUAAGAUUUUGACCAAACGAAAACAUAAAAAAUCAAAAACAAAAGAAAAAGAAAGAAAGAAAACAGAUAAGAAAAAGGGAGAUGGAAAAGGUAUAUUGGAACAUGACUUAACACCAAAAUCAGAAGAAAUGGAAGCGGUGAAGAAUGAAACUCCAGUUAUACAGAGCAACAGUGAACGAGAGACUGUUUUAAAGUCGACAUCAAGUACUCCGAUCAUUCCAUCAACAAGCGUUGAUGACAAUCAAUCAUCUCAACCUUCUAAACCACAGAAGAGAAAACUAUCUUCUUCAAAAUCAAACGAAAACUUGAGUGGAGAAUCAAAGUCUAAAACAGAUAAAGAUGAAACAGGAGAGAAAGAGCAGGAAGAAGCAGAAAUAGAGGAGCAAUGGGAUUUACAAGAUGUGAUUUUUGUUGAAGACGUUCAAACAAUACCGGUUGGAAAAGUAUUGAAAGUUGAUGGAGACAUGAUUGCUGUUUGGUUUAGUAAAUCUGGUAAAUUUAAAGAAAAAACGGGAAAAAGUUCAAUCAUGAAAAAUCUACGUUUAUUGCGAAAAGAAGAUGUUUACGUUUUACCAUCUGGCAAUCCACCUAAAGCACCAGAAUGCUUUUUAAGAGCUCCUGGAAAAUUGAAUGAGCUCGAUCGUUCAUUCAAACUUCAUUCUAUUUGUAUAAAUGAACUCGGAAUACAAGCAAUAGAAGGCGGAGUGGAUGGGGCUCCGAUGUCUCAUCUACAAAUCGAUCUUACGGGAAAAAUCACCUCAGAUUGUCCUUUUCCUUCUCCACCUGAGAUGUUUUUUGAUGAUGGAAACAUGAAAGAAAAUGAAAUGAAACAUGAUGACGGAAUUGGUAAAAGUAUAUGCAAACUGGAUAGAAAUUGCCAGGAUUUUCCAACAAUAUUCAGAGAUCGAAAUUCCUCUUUGUAUCCAUUAUUACGAAAUGAAAAUUCUGGUUUUCGAGAUCCUCGCUGGUUGAAUAUAACACCACUAUCUGCUGUUGGAACUGGUUCUCACGUAUCUUACAUUUGCAACAAUCCAUUGCAGAACAAAAACAAAGUCAGCCCGCUUGUUGUUACUGCACUCGUGUUCAAAUCAUCUCUUCUGAUACCAAUGCUUGUAAGACGUGAUCUUAAGAGCGUUAAAGAAACUUUGGAGAUUUUAAAACCAGAUGAAAUUCAGGCACUUUGUGACGAAAGAUGUGAUGGUCAGAGGAAUAUAAUCCACGUCGCUGUUUCCACAACAGCACCUUCCCCUAACCGAGAUCAUGAUGGAGAGGAAGAAACUGAUCAGAAAAAAGAGGAUACGGCCGAUGACGAUAGAAAGAAGAAAGAUAAGGAUUCAAAGAAACCGUUCAGAUUUUUUAAACCUCUCGAUGGAACGAAUACAGAAACUACUGCAACAUCUACACCGGCCACUGAGUCCAGCAACGAAGUUUCCAAUGCAAGGUCAUCUGCUCCAGCUGACGUUAGUCAAACUUCAUCAAGGACUUCCACACUAUCUCAUAGUAUGUCACAAAGUGAAAGAGUAAACGCUGCCACCGCUAUUGCGAAUGCCAUUUCUGUCGUAACAAGAGGCGAACGAACUGGACCGCCAAGCGUUGCUAGCGAGAGAACAAGAUUCAUGCGGGAUAUCAUGCAACAAUUUGCAGAUGUUUUAGACGACCAUCCGUCCAGUUCUUCUGCUCCAACGUCGUCAACUACAGUAUCAACUUCUGUUUCACAAUCUUCUGCAUCCAGUCAUAGAAGGAUUCCGACGAUUAUCAGAGAAGGAAGACAAUCUAGUUCUGUUGAUGAACCAAUGGAAGUUCUACAAUCGCCAUAUAGAUCGUCACCCACCCCCGCCAUACCCACAUUAUCUUGGCCACCGGAUCCCACGUCAUUCAGUCCUCUUCCUUUACCAUCCUGGUCUAGAGAAGAAGGUCUAAACUUGUCAGUGACAGACAGUAACACUGGAGUUACUUCCAGUUCCCGAUACACUGGUGCUAAACCAUCAAGUAAAAGAGCAAAACGAAAACGAUCUAUAACUCCACCAGUCGCAGACGUACCUAAACCAUUACCAAAACGUGGGACCCAAGCAGACGGUAUUGCAAUCGUAAAAACAUUGUGCACUGCCAAAUCAAUGCAACCAGUUAUCUUAAAGCUUCUAUCACAAAGAGAUGCUCUUGGUCAUACUCCGUUCAUGUCAGCAAUUUAUAACCGGGCAUAUUCUGCUGCUAUGGAAAUUUUCUUGCAAGUUCAAGCCAUCGCUGCAAGAGAAUAUUUAACUCAACAUGGAAAGGAAGAAGAAAUGGAGAUCGACUCUGAGAAUAUCAAAUUUAUCUGUCACGGUCCAAAAUACGAGGAAAUUUUAAUGUCAAUGAUAUUUCCCAAAGCAUCAGAUUUAGACAACAAUCCGUUGUAUGUUUUGCUGACUAACGAUACAUGCAGUUUUACCUGGACGGGUGCUAACCAUAUCAACCAGGACAUAUUCGAAUGUUGGACUUGUGGUCUUACUGGAACAUUGUGCUGCUGUUCUGAAUGUGCAAGAGUUUGUCAUAAAGGACAUCAAUGCAAAUUGAAGAAAACUAGUCCAACUGCAUAUUGCGAUUGUUGGGAGAAAUGUGCUUGUCGCUCUCUCAUGUCUGGAGAAACUAACUUUAAUGAUCGUAAUGAACUUGUACAAAAGCUCUUGAGCGAAACAAAUUUGGUUGAUUUAUCAAAUGCGAGAGGUGAAACAAUGCUUCAGUUUUUGGCUCAUACAGUCGCAAGACAAACAGUAGAACAGCGUCAACACAGGCCCAGAAGUAAUGCAUCAUCAUCCAGGGCAAAUCGUUCUGCCAAAAGCACAAUACCAGGAGUGGAAUAUGAUGUUCCUCAACAUGAUCUUUUGCCACCAACGUUCUGUCGGGACGCAUUCCUAUUGCUUCUACAUGAUUGGAAAUCCGUAAAAGCUACGAUCAUGUCAAACUCUCCCGGUCACAUGGAUCCGUUGUGUGCCAGUUCACUUCCUGAUCAAAUUGGGGCUGACCUUUCACCCCUGCUUUUGCCAGAAGAAGAAGAAUGCAUGUCGUCACAAACAGGGACGAGUAAACUUGAUAUGUUUACUUUGUGUCUUCUUGUAAAAUGCAACACCAUGUAUUUGGAUAUGUUGUUGGAAACUUUAAUCAGUCGGAUUCAGGAAACCAGUAAUUCCUCCAGCAAGAAUGAAGAUUUAGAGGUUGUUCAUCGCUUUGUAAGAUCCGUCGUUCGAGUAUUUGUUGUUCUGAGUGUUUGUACAAGUUCUGAAAAUCAAUCUGGGAAACAGAUCGGACGUAACAUGUCAAACAGCCAACCUUUGAAAAGAGCGCAGAGAGCGUUUAAUGCACUUCUUCCGAUGGCAGUGGGGGAGUUAUGUGAAAUGGCAACAGCAUUGAUUGAUCCAGUUCGUAUGGGUGUAGCAAGACCUACAUUGAAGUUUCCGGUGUUGCCGAGUAGUUCGGACGCAAUUCAAGGAUGCGAGUCAGCAUUCUCUAGAGUCCCGUUCCCUCCGAGAGAUCGAUCAGAAAAGAAGAAAAAGGGCGAUCGAAGACGAUUAAAUGAUGGAUCAACGUCUUCAUCUAUUUCUGCUGCUUCGCUAACUACACCGAGACCAUCAUCGCGUGGAAAUUUUGCAAGAAGAGGAAUUAGCCAUCGAAGAUCUCGAAAUUUCGGUUCGCCCAGAGCGAAUACAGACAACGGAGGCUCCAACGAUGCUAACGGCCAUGAGAGAGUUCGAAGAAUAGCGCAAGACGUCAUUCAAAACGCGUUCGCAGAUGACUUGGUUCGUAUCAAUAGAAGAGCUCGAAAUGAAAUGAGAGAGUAUUCGUCUUCAUUUACACUCGAAGAAGAUAAUAAUUUUGAGAUACUCUCGGAUGAAGAGGAAGAUGUACAUGAACCUAGAGAUUGGCAGAUCGUCGAAAGUUCUAGAGAAAAUAAUGAACAAGAAGAAAGAACACAAGAGAAUACGUCACAAUCAUCUACUAUUCAAACAGAAGAAUCUCAAUCUAUGAGGAAUUCUGAACAAGAUGAUCAUCCUAUCCAUGAUGAAAAUCAAGAGGAUAAUAUGGACGAUGAUAAUGUACAACGAGAUGAGAUGAUGGAACGAACGGAGAGUCAAACCGAAGUGGUGAGUGAGGGAGAUUUGGAUGUUGAUGAUGAAGACCAAGACACUCAAGAAAAUCAUGACCAUGAAGAGGAUGAGGACAAUAAUAACCAUGACGAUGAAGAGAGUGACAUGGAACUAACACUACUUGCUGCGAGUGACGCUGACACCGAUCAGGAUAGCAAUCAGAGUGGACAAGAUGAGGAAGUAAUCUCCGAGGAGGACAUCGGUGACGAUGAUGAAGAUGAUGAUGACGAUCAAGAUGAGGAAGAAGAAGACAGAAAUACUUAUGUGAUAACGUCAGGAGAUGAAGCCGCAACUGCCACAGAUUUAGAUGAGGAGGAUGGAAGCAGUCAAGAUGAUGAUGAUGUAAUAGAUGAGGAGGCUGGAGAUCAAGAUGAGGGAGAUAAUGAGGAUGAAGAAGAACAAGAGGUAGAAUCUCCAGCUGAUUGGGUUGAAUUCCCUCUAGAAAGAGCACCAACUCGGCUUCAAAGAUCCAGAGCGGCGAUGGCUCCUCACUCAAUGAGAUGGGCUCUCGGACAGAAUCCAAACCCUGGACGUGGAGGUGCGACCUCUAGUGGAAGCAGGACGUCUGGACCAGGGUCAAACGGACCAGGGAGUGGUCUGAUGUAUAUUGAUCCUCAUUCUUUGUGGAGAGGAAAUAAUUCUGGAGUGAAUUCUACAGCUACACCCAAUGUAUCAGCAAGUGGAGAUUCCAGCAAACAAAGUUCUGGAAGAAAUAGUCAUUCCGCAUCGACUACAAACGCACAACUUGCUCGUGCUUUCGGAAUUUGUGUUCGAGAAAUGGCUUCGUUAUUAAUCAUGCUUUGGCAGAAAGAACAUAUUGUGAAUACACCGCUCCUUACGUUCCUAGAAUUGACUUUUGAGGACGUUCAAAUGAUGAAUGACUUCGUUGAAGCCACAUUAUCACCAACAUGGAAAUGGCUUCUCACUGUCAUUGAUUCUACCGAAGCACAAUUAAGAUAUGGACAAGUUUUAUCGCUCGCUGGAAGUCCCGAUCAUAUUGAACAUCCUUUGUAUAAAGGACCUGGUAAAUCCCCCAAUCGAAGUGGAGCAGGAAAAUCAACACCUGAUACAUACAGACGUGGUGGCGGGGGUGCCCCCUCUUCUACGAGACCUUCGUCAUUUCUUAGACUGGCAAGAGAAGCAAGUACUGAUUCUAAUGCUGCUAGACAGGAUUUUCUGAGUUACAUUCUGUCUCUAAUGAGAGCACACAGCGGAGAGCAUGCUGAUUAUCUUCCUGUUAUGGAUGUUUCAUCACUUCGACAUGUCGCUUACGUUCUCGACGCUUUGGUAUAUUUCCUUCGUGAAACAGCUCCCAUGUUUGAUGACGAUUCUAAAGGAAACAAGAAGAAAUUUGGUGGUUUGUCGAAAUCGGACGCGAACGCUCCAAAGCUUGUCGGAUCAACUUUUAACAUCGGAUACGAUAACACAGAUGAUGAGGAUGAAGAUGAUGUUGAUCUUCCUCCUCCUGUUGAAAGAGAAUCUUCAACUGGAAUCUCGGUGCCACAGGAAAAAUUUGAAAAUACUGAUGAACUCUACUCUCUCGCUGUGAGUGACGUUAUAGUUGGUGAUAUCAUAGCUAAUGCACAAGAAGUUGCGGAUCCAACAAUUCCGUUUGCGCAACCACAAAAAUGUUUCUUUCGAAGAUCUGAUUCAAUGUCUUUCCUCGGAUGUUCUGAUCCUGAUCCUUUUAUGGAGCCAUUGGUGAAAGCAUUGCCGUUAGCAGACAAACCACAUUUACUUCAACCUAAUGCAAGAAAAGAAGAAUUGUUUGGUCGACCAAGACAAAGAUGUGAUUCAGUCGAUGAUGCUGCGUUUUUUGAUCCGGAUUUACCAGGAACUGGAAUGGGACAACUUCGCCACAAAAUGCCGGCAAAAUUUGAAAAAUUAGAAGAGAUAAGAGAACGAAUGAAAGAAAAGAAGUCUGGUCUGAUCAGCAUAGGUGUACAAACGGAAGAUGAAGUUGCUGAAACACAAGCAAACACAGAGGAACAAUUGGGUAGAUUGGAUGCUCAAAAAUUAGAUGAUGACAAAAAUUCAACUCAACCAAUGGAAGUUUCUGACACAAAAGAAGAGACAAUCAGCAAUAUAGAAACAGAUUUAGCAAUCAUGGCACCUCCUGCCCAAACAGUAAUCGUGAAAACUGAGACCCAGAAAACAAAAGACCAACCAGCAAAUGAAAUAAAGAAAAUACAGCCUUCCAAGAAACGCCAUUUUACUCCGCCGUCCGUUGAUUCACUUCUUGGAAGAUGUCGCCUCACACUUGAACUAUUCACCAAAGUGUUUCUCAAUGAUGUCGGUGCUGAACCAAAGUCUAUUCUGCAAGAUUUAGGAGGAUUUGAGGUACGUGAAGCGAAAUUCCGCAAAGAAAUGGAAAAACUGCGAAAUUCUCAAUCUGUCGAUCUUCAAUUGAACGUAGAAAGAGAGCCACAUCGUCUCAUUGUUCAAACUUUCAAACAAUUGAAUCAACAUUAUCGCAGAAGAUCAGGAAUGUCAUCUUCGUCUUUGUCAUCUUCAACUCAACCAUUGGCUGUUCAACGAGUGAAAGUGAUCUUCAAAGAAGAGCCGGGUGAAGGAUCGGGAGUUGCCAGAAGUUUUUAUACCGCUCUAUGUGAAGCUCUUUUAUCCUCUGAUCAACUUCCACCACUAGAUGGUAUUCUUGUUCCCUUGGGUUCAUCUUCUUCCAGGAAUUCGUCUGGAAUUCAUCACAGCCUCGUGUCUAGAUUGAGACGACGAGAACAAGAAAGAGAAAGGGACAGAUCAGGACGUGCCGGAGGAAGAAAAAUAAACUUGCGAUCCUAUUUCAUGGCUCGAUAUGCUCAACGUUCCAACGCUCCUACAACAACAACAACGUCAACAUCUGGACCGAGUACAGUCACAUCGUCCACUUCAUCUCAAAUCUCAGCGCUUUCGCCACCAUUUUAUAAAAGGACUGAAUCCCGCAGAGGAGAUUCCGCUGCUAGAAAUGUUUCCGGAGGGUGGUCUCUUGACAAGCGUGUGUUUGGAGAUCGUCUUCUUCCAAAAGUCAUUGCAAUCAAUCCAAUGUGGCCAGAAAAAAUUACUGGAAUGCUGUUAAGUCUUCCUGUGUCUGAACUUCUUCUGCUGCUUAGCAGCGAUACUCGUCUAAAUAACAAGGUCAAUGAAGCCGCGCGUCGUCUCACACUCUUCGGAUAUACAGGAGAAGAAGAUGCGCAGAGUAACGUCCCAAAGGAUGGACAUGGGACGUCCUCGAAUGAAACCAAUUUGGAAAGAUCUCCUCGAAACAACGCAAGAAUGAGUGUCGGUGCAUCAAAUGAAAAAUCACCACCUGGGUCGAGUCCACUUACAACAAAAGAGAAAGUUCCGGAAAAAGAUUUGGAAUACGAUUCUGAUCACGAAGAAGAAGAAGUCGACAUUUCCACUUUCCCUCUGUUUUAUCAACCUGGAAAACGAGGAUUCUAUUCUCCUGCUGCUGGAUCCGCUACAAAAAAGACUUCAUCAAAAUCGAUCGAUUCUGAAACAACCAGAACGACGCCCAAGAAACCUGUUCCUCUCGGAUACGAAGCCAGAUUGAACGCAUUCAGAAAUGUCGGAAGAAUUAUAGGAUUGUGUUUGCUACAGAACGAACUCUGUCCGUUGCCUCUGAACAGACAUAUUUUGAAAGCUUUGCUUGGAAGAAAGAUCAACUGGCACGAUUUUGCAUUCUUUGAUCCUGUCAUGUAUGAAAGCAUGAGAUUUGUUUUGGCCGAGAACGAGAAGAAAUCUGACAACAACGUAGAGUUACUCAAUGCUCUCGAUCUAACAUUCGUUGCAAAUCCUCUUCCAGAAGAAGGAGGGGGAGAAGUCGAGCUGAUACCAGGCGGAUCUUCAAUAAGUGUUACUCCAAGUAAUUUGAGGGAUUAUGUGAGAAGAUAUACAACAUACAGGAUGAUUACUUGCUGCCACAAAUACAUUAAACAGAUGAAAGAAGGUUUAUUUGAUGUGUUGCCCAGAAGUUCAUUGGAUGGUUUAACUGCAGAAGAUUUAAGAUUGCUGGCAAAUGGAUGUGGUCGUGUCAAUGUUCACACAUUGAUCAGUUACACUUCUUUUAAUGACGAGAGUGGUAAAUCAGCUGGUUCCAAUGCUGAAAAACUAACAGAAUUCAAACGCUGGUUCUGGUCCGUUGUAUUAGCGAUGAAUCAUUCCUCUCGUCAAGAACUUCUCUAUUUCUGGACGGGAUCACCCGCUCUCCCCGCGAGCGAAGACGGCUUCCAGCCUAUGCCUACUGUUACAAUACGUCCACCUGAUGAUCAACACCUUCCCACGGCCAACACUUGUAUUUCGAGACUGUAUGUUCCUUUCUACUCUACAAGAGUAAUCCUGAAACAAAAGUUGAUGAUCGCCAUAAAGACAAAGAACUUUGGUUUUGUGUGAAGAUAACAUUGGAAAUGACAGCCAGACGAACGGACUUAUUUAAAACUGUGGCCAAUGGAAGACAUUUUUGCGGGUUUUAUUUUAGGAAUAUGAAUCCUAUCUUCAGAUUUUGUUCCACGUUUUUGACUUGCAUGUUUACUCAACUAGAUUUGUCUUAUUAAUUUAAUUAUCUUGAAUUUGAAAACUAAGUGAAAGCGGUUUUGUUUUAUCUAGGAAAUUUUGUGUGUGAACUUUUUGCUUCAACUCCUUAUUUAUUUUGAUAACGUGAAUUGUGAAUAGUGCCUCGAUGACAAUUUUUUUGCCACCGGGACUUUGCAAUGCACUGUGUUCUAUUACUAUGUGCCAGGAUAAAACAAUCAAUAAUUUAAAAAUAUGAUUGCAUUGGCAGUUUGCUUGUCUGAUAAAUUUGAAUCGAGAAUAAAGCUUUGAAACAAA